AAACUACUACAAAACGGACGCUAGGACGUGCGCGCACACCCAGACGUGUGCACGUACACGAGCGAAAGUGCUAAACUAUGCCAAAAAGCUCCAGCAACGCAGAUCUACCACUCGGCUGGGAAAUUAACACCGACUACGAUGGCAAGGUUUACUUCAUCGAUCACAUCAACAAGAAGACGACCUGGAUCGAUCCGCGUGACAAACAUACGAAACCGGAAACGUUCGCCGACUGUAUCGGGAACGAGCUGCCAUUCGGGUGGGAAGAAAGCUAUGAUCCACAGAUCGGUACGUACUACAUCAACCACAACACGCAGACGACCCAGCUCGAGGAUCCGCGGCUACAAUGGAAGAGCAAGCAGGACGAGAUGCUGCGGGAGUACUUGUGCUCCGCACAGGACACACUGGAGGCCAAGAAGGAGAUCCUGAGCGUGAAGACGCAACGGCUCCAUCUGGCGCAGGAAGAGUACAACCAUCUGAAUGCGCUUGCCGCCAGCCGGACUAGUCUGUGCUCAUCCACGAGUUCCUGCAGUACCAAGUUCGAUCCGGAGCUGUUGCGAGCGGAUCUAGCCAUCGCAAAGGAGCGCGUGUUUCGGCUGAAGAAGGAGCUGUCACGUAUACAGAAGGAGAUGCACAGCACGCAGAAAGGCGUCGACACGUUGGCCAGUGUGGAACAAAAGCUCAACGCACACGUGAACGGAUGCUACAACAUCAGCGAAGCGCAAGCCAUCAUGGAGGAGGUGAAGAAGAUACAGAAAUCGCUCAUCACCGGCGAACGGGAGAAGAAGGAGCUGAUGAAGAGUUUGGCGCAGGUUAAGGAUGAUCUGACCCGGUUACAGCUGCGCCAGGAAAGUCCGGACGCGUCCACGUUCAAUCUUGCCCAGGACCGCAUCUGUGCUGCCUCCCAGACCGACCUGUCCUCCGAACACUUCCCGAUGGGGGCGCGCGAGAUGGCGAAGAUGCGCCAACGGUACGACGAAUGGCGCCGGCGUGUGAAGGAGAUACAGGAGCAGCUGGCCGCGCUGGAGGAAAAGAUACGGCCCGGGGAGCUGGAAUCGGACCAGGAUCGGUUGCUGCUGUUCCAGGAGAAGAAGCAACUGUUGCUGGAGUAUCGUAGCAUUACACCGAAGUCACGUUCGCCGACGGAAAUGCGCAGGAUUCAGAGUGUGUGCAGGCAGCUGGAGGCGGACCUGAACAUGGCGUACGAGGAGUCGAACCAGUGCAUUGCGAACCGGUUGAAACUGCACGAGGAGAAGCAAGCGCUGUUGCAGCAGCUGCUGGAAGCGCUCAAAGAGUUUACACAUUUGGAGCAUCAGCUGAAAUCGUUGUCGGCGAGCACACUAUCGAUAAGUAGCAGCUCUAGCCUUGGUUCGUUGUCGACUGCAUCGAGCAAGGGUUCGCUGAGUGGGCUCAGCUUUACCGACAUCUACGGUGAUCCGCUGUCGACCGAGCCGCAGAUCGAUAUGGUCGAUAUGAACCGACGCGUCCAACGGUUAUUCCAUCCGAGCUCGGACGUUUCAUCCCUGUCGCCCCGCAGCAGUCUCUCCACGGAAACGCCACCUGCUUCUUCGAUGAAACUUGACUGGGUGACGGCGGUAGCUACGGGUGCCAUUGCGUCUGCAAGCAACCCUGGCGUAUCGCCAUCAUCGUCGGCGGCGGUUCAUUCUGCCAUUACUACUGCCAAACUGGUGAGCAUGGGAGCUGGACCGAGCUACGCAACACCGACGGCAUCCUCGGUAGCACCGACUGCAGUCCCCCCGGCACCAAGCUACGCCGUGGCGACCUCCAGCACCAACACUGCGUCCGUCACCACCGACUACAAUAUCGACCGGCAGCGACUCGAGGAGCAGCUGCAGGAGCUCAAAAUCCGGCAGCUCGGCAUCGCUGGAGGCCCAUUGUCGCCGAUCUACGAGAAACCACCGUACCUGGAACCGGCCGCAUUGCUUAGCCGUUCGUCCUCCACCUCCAACACCCGGUCCGUGUCGACGACGGUGAGCGAUGAAUCGGUAGCGGGCGAUUCCGGUGUGUUCGAGGCGUCUCGUGCUCCGCCCGCCCUGCUCACCAAGGAAUGCGCCCAGGUACAGAUUGGAUUGCGAUACUUGCCCGCAGACACCGCUCUCUGCAUUACGAUCGAGCGAGGUAGCAAUUUGGGUGCGUUAGGACCACCAGCCGGAUGUCAGCUCUUUAUCCGCGCCAUGCUGCUGCCAGGGUCGGGCUCGAACGGUGCUGGUGGACCCGGAUCCGUACGUACUGGCACGGUUACCGACUGGGUGCGGCCAUUGUUCAAGACGAUGCUGAUGGUACCACUGUCGCUCGAGAAGGUGUACGCGAAAACGCUUCACGUGAAGGUAAUGGUGCUGGUUGGCCAACGGGAAGAUUGGAUCGGGAGUACGCAGAUCAGUUUGGCGGAGUUUAAUCCGGCCGAUGCAACCAUCAGUCGGUGGUACAACAUCGUUAGCCGCCAUUCGAUGAAUGAGUCGGAGUUGCUGGAGGGUUAUGCUGGUGGUGCCAUCAUCCGGGAAGAGUCGUCGGACGAGUCGACCAUCAUCUCGUCGCAAACGUCGACGCUGACACGUAACCAGGGCCAAGACGAGCUGCAGGCUGUCCUGGAGCUGGUGUACGACGAGCUUUCGAACGAUGAUGAGGACGAAGAGGAGGAAGACGAUGAUGAGGACAAUGAGGAGGAGGAGAAUGAUGAGGAGAACGUGGAGAAUGAACUGGAAGAUGGUGCGUUUGUGCAGGGAGACGAGGAUCGUAAAUCGGCCAGUGUGAUGUGUCGUCGGCGUAGCAGCAGCAAACAUCUGCAGCGGAUAGUCCAUUCGGUUGAGGAGGAGGACGAAGGAGAGGAACUGCAGAAGGAGGAGGGCUGUGCUUCUGCGGAAGCUACCGAACUGAUGAUCCAGGAGUACAUGAACAGCGUGAAGGAGCAGUGUGGUGAUGGAGAUGGUGGAAUCAAUGCUCUACCGCGAGAGCCACCACCACCACCAGUGCAGCGUGUGGAUAAGGAAACCAACACUGAAUGUGCCUUUUUGCCGGAACGGAGCCGCAGGCGGUUCCCCGACCCGAACGGUCCGACGCGCUCAUCCACCAUCGAGGAGGGUUCGGUCGUGGACGAUCGGUUGGUGAAACGAUCGCAAACUUUCUCACCAAGUGCCGUAGCUAGCAAAUCCCGAUACAUAUGCCGGUUGAACCGGAGCGACUCCGAUUCGGCCAUGCACUUCAACAACCAAGUGACACCCCAUCCAUUCAAGCGCGGUUCGGUCGAGCGACGAUCUCUACGCUACCACAACCGAGUGUCUAAGAUCUAUCAUAAGAUGCAUCCAGCAGUGCCACGCACCAGUCUUGAUCUCGAGCUCGAUCUGAAAGCCCAACAGACAAAGCUGGAAACCCUUACAGACGAAAUCGGACGGUUACGGGAGCUGAAGCAUCGGCUCGAACAGGCACGGGACAAUAAUGAUGUGAAGGUGGCAGCCUGGGCACUGGAAAACGAGGACUUCUUGCGGCUGGUAAAGACGGUAAAUGCUGUCACGCCGGAAGAGCGUCAGCUGGCGAAGCUGCUGAUGAAAACGUCCAAGGAGAUAUACAAGCUGCGCAAAACGAAGGUCGGCAAGGGCAAGCUCGAUUCGAUUUCCUUCAAAGAAAAGAUGGCAUUCUUUACGCGUCGCGGAGUAUCGGUGCCAGAGCUACCUUCGGAAAUAUUCCCCGGCACUUCGCAGUCAGGGGUCGCCAUCAUGGUGGACCAUUCCGUAGAGCGGGAUAGAGAAGAGUGUGGUGGUAGCCGGACGCCAACCAAUAGCGAGCUUAUACCGGGGUCUACUCCAACUACGGCCACGGUCGGCACUGAUACGGAACCGGAUCCGAACGGUUCUUUCUCUUACGGUGAUGUAGACCGUACGUACGGUGUGGAGGUGUGA